GUGUGUGGAGUCGAGGUGGCUCGGGAGUUUGUUUUCUCUUUCUCCUUCUCAUUUUCCUUUGCUGUCGCCGCACUGGUAGCAGCCGCAGCAGGUGGUGCUACGCGGCUCCGGCUGGUCGGCUGGGACGAGGGAGGGCGCUAGGUUAGCGGCUCGGCCGUGCCCCGCGUCUGGGAGGCCCAGCGCUUCGUGGAUCUCUGUGAAGCGCCAAGCGGCGGAUGCUCCAAGAGAGGGUCAGUGCUGUACUGGGUGGCUGUGCCAACAGGAUAAGGCUUCUACAAUUUGCUUCUCUGCAGAAUCUCUAAAACUCCCAAAGACAAUCAACUUGCCAGAGAAAGUCAAUACAGCUAAAUGAGAGAUGCUGACAUAACGCAGAUUGCCAGCAAUUGUACUAAACGCUUCACUGCUGAACCAGUUGCUCAGGUACCUUGCCUGUCUGUGUUGCUAUGGGAGAUUGGAAGACUAUUACAGUGCCAGUGCUGUCAUCAGAUAGCAAAAAUAUUUUUCAGUAUACCUCAGAAAAAAUGCUGUCUCCUCCAGGCAUGAAUCCACAAGUGCUACGCCUGCCACUGCCUUCAUCCAAAAGCACACAUGGCUUUUUCAGUGCCUUCUGCACGGAAGAGAAUAUUGAACAGAGUAUAUCCUAUCUCAACAGGGAGCUGACAACCUUGGGUUUUCCUUCUAUUUACGCAGAGUCCAAAGGCAAAGAAUUAAAUUUAAUAUCUAUCAUAAAUUGCAUGAAUGAGUUGCUUGUACUGCAGCACAAGAAUCUGCGAGCUCAGGAAGAAGUAGAAAUGCAGCACCUGAAACUGGGUAGUGAUAUGGAUCACUUACAGAACUGCUAUGCUAAACUAAAGGAACAGCUAGAAAUAUCUAAAAGAGAAAUAAUUGGACUUCAGGAAAGAGACAGACAACUGCAAAGCAAGAACAGAAAUUUGCACCAGUUACUUAAAAGUGAAAAGGAUGAAGUACAGAAGUUACAAAACAUCAUUUCAAGUAGAGCUACACAGUACAAUCAUGAUAUGAAGAGAAAAGAGAGAGAAUACAACAAACUGAAGGAACGCUUGCAACAAUUAGUCAUGAACAAAAAGGACAAAAAGAUAGCUAUGGAAGUUCUAAAUUAUGUUGGUAGAGCUGAUGGGAAGAGAGGUGCAUGGAGGACUGAUAAGACAGAAGCCAGAAAUGAAGAAGAAAUGUACAAAGCUCUGUUAAGUGAUUAUGAACAACGCCAAAAACAACUUUUAAUGGAGAAUGCUGAGCUGAAAAAAGUUCUGCAGCAAAUGAAGAAAGAAAUUAUUUCACUACUCCCACCACAGAAACAGAAACCUAAAGAAAGAUCUGAAGAUGGACCAGUGCUGUCAGAUCUGGAAGAAGAUAUUGGAGAAUUAAAUAAAGAGAAUAUGUGGGAACUGUCUUGUGAAACUGUGCGAGAGCAGCUUACCAACAGCAUUCGAAAACAAUGGAGGAUGCUGAAAAAUCAUGUUGAGAAGCUAGAUAACCAAGUGUCACGUGUACACUUAGGAGCUUUAAAUGAAAAAGAUGUCAUUUCAAGAGAAGACCACGAGCUGCAAACUGAAAAGCUAGAGCUAGAGAUUCAGCAGUGUAAAGAAAUGAUCAAAACUCAGCAACAGCUCUUACAGCAGCAGCUUAUGUCUCCAUGUGAUGAUGACACCACACUGUUGCUACAGGACUGCUAUUUGUUGGAAGAGAGAGAGCGUCUUCAGGAAGAAUGGAGACUAUUUCGGGAACAGAAGAAGAAUUUUGAGAAAGAACGAAGAAGUUUUACAGAAGCUGCUAUUAGAUUAGGACUUGAGAGAAAGGCAUUUGAAGAAGAUAGAGGAGCGUGGCUGAAGCAACAGUUCUUAAGUUUGUCAACUGAUUACAAGCACUCUGAAAAUGUGACAACUUCAAGUGCCUUCUCAGGAAGUUCUGACCAGGACAAUCAGUUAGUGAAACCUACAUCUCAGCAAAGAAAAUCUCACUGUGUUUCAAAUGGUCCUGUUUCAGCAGAACCUUGCCAGACAUCUCAGUAUAUUACAUAUAGCAGUGCUGCAUCAAAAAACUCUACUGGAGAUAGUAAGCCAAAUCAGUCUGUGGAAAGUGACAAAGAAGAAAUCAACUAAUGCACAAAGUCAUGGGAAGACUCUGAAAUUGGCACUCUGCUAUGUAGAAACUUGCACAUAGAACAACUGCCUUAGACUUCCUAGUGUUGCCUGAUGGGUUUUUCUGUUAGAUUUGUUCAUUAAACUUGGCUCUAAAGUGGAACAGAAUGCUGUGAGCUUGACCAUUCUUCUAGAGGAUUGUGGUGAUCUGAGUUGUGGUGGGUGUGUGUAUGUGUGUGCAUAUGGCUUCUGUCUUUUUAGACUGUUUUUUGCCUCUUUCAACUCUUGAAAGAAGACUGUAAUAGCUUUGAUGUUUUUUGCAUAAUGAGUUUGGAUUAUGUGAACGAAGCAAUGGUCUGAAACUUCGACUGUAAGGAAAUACUGGAUCCUGAUGUUACCUUUCAUCACAGGCAGAAAUAGCACUUUUAGAAGUUGUGUAGUUAUUGGAAACAUUUGUCUCAAGUGUACUUGGCAUUAAAACUUCUUUUGCCUCAACUUGAAUGUACAGUACAUUGUAGAGUUUUAAUGAAACAGGUUCUAUAUAUUUGUGUGAUUUGAAAAUACCUCUUUGAUAUUUCAGAUGAGUUAAAAGUACAAAAUCUUUAUAUAUUUGUAAAUAGACAAGAUGAUUAUGCUAAGAAAACAUGAAAUGAAACAUACCUAUACAUAAUAUUAUUUUACAUAGCAUUUUAAAUUGUUUUAUAGUGAGAUGCAGUUUACAGAUGCAUUAGGACUUUCAGUGGUUCAGUCAGGAACCAAAUUAUUUCAGAUGUGAACAAUAAAUGUGUAAUUCUAUACUAAGAAA